GCAGUGAACGUUAAAUAUCUCUGGGAGUACGAACCUCGGUAACUAUCAAAUAUUUGAUACAUAUCUUUUCAAGCUAUUUAGAAAUAAAGGCGUCUGGCGUGCGUGAUUACAGUAUCCCACUGUGCCCCAUCCAGCGUACGCAUAUUAUCCGAGGCCGACAUGCGUUGCCUGCUGCUAUGCAUGGUUCUGUUUGUGGCGUCCACCACUGGAGAUGAAAUAAGCGACGUCAGAGUCGAGGUCGGCCGUGCUUUGAAGACAAUGGGUGAAUGGCUGCAGAACGAAGGCGCACCUGACACAGAUGGGGAGCGGACCGCACUCCAUGACGCACUGCGUAAGAUCGCCGCGGUUCAAGCGCAUGACGCUGACCUCGAAAGUGUGGAACCGUAUGUUUGGGACAAGCUCGGUGAAGUGGCCACCAGCAUCGCCAAAAAGGCUGUCGUCGCAUUCGUCGCCCAGCAAGUGAUGGGUUUAAUUGGCGGCGCUCUGGGCUGAUAUCUUGAAAAUAAAAAUGGCGUGUCAUGAA